AGAGCCGGGCGCGUCGCGCUUGGCGUUCUCCAUGUACGUGAUAGCGAGCCCAUCGUGCGGCGGCUUAAAAAGCGCAGCCCAGCGAUGCGCCGCCUCGCGCUGCCAGCGCUGGUCCUGAGCGCUGUCCUGUGUUGCGCCGUGUCGGCGCCCCGCCGGCCGGCCAACCCGGCGUCGGCUAGGGCCGCGCGCCACCAGGAGUUCGUGUGGAGGGAGUUCGCCUGCCGCGCUCCGCAGCCGCGCGUCCAGUGCCUCAAGGAGCUGCAGCCCAACGACACCAGGAAGUUCUUGCCCCACUGCACCAUCCUGCACCGGUGCGCGCCGGACACGGGCUGCUGCGCUUCCGAGGAGCAGCACUGCCAGGUGAAGACGGCGCAGGCGGUGCAGUUGCCCUUCCUGGUGCUGCACCUGGACGUCAGCGACGGUUCGUCGCGCUACGAGCCCGUCACGCUCGUCUUCGACAACCACACCGAGUGCGAGUGCCGCCUGCGCAACGAGCCCAUCCGCUGAGCCGGGGCUGCCCGGUCACCCGGCCCGCGGCGUGGCCGAGCGGCGGCGAUGCGGACAGUCGAUGGCCCCUGGGCCGGGUGCGGGGGGCUGCCUUGACCGCGAUUUCUCCUUCUGCUGCGUCCGCACCGUGUGCUGCCCUCGUCGGCGCGUUGCUGCCGCCUCUCGCUUCUCUCCCCAGGCUUCGUUCGGCGGUGCGCGCGCCGACGGCAGUGAGAGUGCCCCACGUUUGGUGUGCGAGUGAUUUCAGUUGGCCUGGAUCAGAGACGGGCCUUUCGCCGGUGCGACCCUCGGGAGUUGUGUGGUGCAUCGCGAUCGAAGGCCGGGGAAAGGGAGCAGUGUCGCUUCCGUUCAUUGCGUGCUCCGGUGCUUUUGAGUCAGGUGAAAGGACGGACACUGCACGCAGAAACUUUGUACAGAGAUCAUGGUUCAUUCUGUCCUCUAAUGUGAUGUCGGCUCAUGAAGAUUAAAUGCUCUGCAUGUCACCCUG